AUGUAAAUAACUCAAACUUAAUUAUUAGAAUGGGUAAAGGAUGGAAACAAAGUAACUUUGAAGAAACAUUUCGAGGAUGAGUUGAAGUUUUCUUAAAAUAAAUUAUCAGACUUCUUUGCAAUGGUUGAUGAUUAAAAAAGAAAUGUUGUACAUUGGGCAGCUUAUUUGGGAUAAUAUAAAUUGUUAAAGUGGUGGUGUAAGAAAUACAAAUUGAUGAUUAACUUAAAUAAAGGUGAUAUGCAUUCUUACACUCCCUUAGAAUUAGCAAGCAUCAAAGGGUAUGUUAUAUAACAAUUUAUUCUAAAGGUAUUCUGGUGAAUAUAAUCCAGAAUAACAAGAAAAUACAAUAAAAUUAUUGCUUGAACAUGGUUCUUUAAUUCCAUAAUCAAAUACUUCCAAGCCAAAUCCUUUACAUUGGGCUUUUUAUUAUGGAAACAAAGAACUUGUAGAUUUUCUAAUUUCAAAGAAAUUUUAACUUUAAUUAGAAACAGAUUAAUAAGGCAAUUAUCCAAUAGAUUACUUGUUUUUAGAAAAUAGACCUGAUUAAUAUAAGUAUAAUUUUAUAUAUAAACAAUAAGAAAAGAAGUUAGUGAUAUAUUUGAAAAUAUUGUCAUUAAUUAUGCUUAAGUAACAACUAAAUAAACUUUAAAUAGAAAACCAAAGAAGAAAAAGUUAAGAAUACCUAAAAAGAAAAAGAAUAGAUAAUUAAGGGAUGGAAAAUAACAUUAAGCUACAGUAGUAAUGAGUUAACUUCCAUUAAUUUAAACAUAAAUAAAAGAAGAUGAUUCAACACCAGAAUCUGAACCUUCUAAAAAUGGGAUACCAUAUUCUAAUAUAUCAAAUUAUCAUAAAAGUCAAACAUCAAACUCAUUCAUCUCUAAAAAUACUAUACCUAAAAGUAGUUAAAAUCCAACACAAAGUUAAUAAAUAUUAAUUAAAUUUCAAUAAAGAAGUUGUUGCAAAAAGAUAUAAUCAAAAAAUUUAGAUGAAAUUGCUGAUGUUCCUCUUUAUGAUGAUUCUAGAAUUGAAAUGAAAGAACCUGAAGAAGAGAAAAUACCUGAAAUUAAAGUAUUUAAUUAAAAUCAAAGAAACUCCAAUUCAUGUAAACUUAUUACUGAAAAAAAUUAAGAAAAUCAAUUUAAAGCAGAUGAAUGCAAUAUAAUCAUAGCAGAACCUCCUGUUUUAUAAUUUAAUUCAGAAACUUCACCUCCAAAAAAUUUAGAUCAUAGAAGACGUCAUAAAAGUAAUAGAUUCAAAUCUUAAAAUGAAGAUUAUUUGGAAAAAAUUGAUUUAAAAGAAUAAGAAAAGUUUUAUAUUUAUCAUAGCAAAGCUUAUUUAACAAAAAAUGAAAUUUAUGAAUGUCGAUUACAAUAUUGGUCUGCUAGACAAGGUAAUGCAGAGUUUCUUAUAUAUUUCUUAAAAAGAAGAUGCAAUCCUUUUGUCAAUGUCUAUUAAGGUUUUAAUUGUCUACACAUUGCAGCUUUCAAAGGAAAACUUAAAAUAUUAAAAAUAAUUCUAGAAGCAGAUUAUGAAUAUUAUGAUUAUUCUGAAGAAAAUAAUCAAAAAUAUAAAAAAUAAAUAAAAGAUUAAAUAUUUGAUAAAGUAUAUAUUGUUAUUAUAUUUUAGAAAGAAUGUAUUAAUAUUUUGACAGAUUAAAAUCCAUCAAAUGCUUUACAUUUAGCUAUAGAAUAAGAAAAAUAUAAAUGCAUGAAAACCUUAAUUUUACAUGGAGUAUCUGUUGAUACAGUAAAUAGUAGAUGUCUCAAACCUUUUGAAUUAACUUUUAAUCAAGAUAUAAUGGAGUAUUAUAAGGAAAACAUUUAAAUUAAAUAAUAAAUGAGUAGUUUAACUGAAUUAGGAUAUUAAUAUGUAAUUUAAACUAAAGGCACUUUAAGUGUUGAAUAAGAUAUUGUAUAUCUAUAAUUACAAAAUAUAAGACAAACCUUUAGAGAUAGAGGAUGGAGUUUUGAAUUUAUGAUAUUUCAUGCUCCAAAUCUUGAUAAAUUAGAAAUGUACAAUGACAAUGCUUAAGCUAAAAAAGUUAAAUCUCUUUAUCAUUAUUAUGUAUUAAAAUUACCACCUGAUUCUAUUUAUAAAUUAGCAGAUUUAUAUUAGAUAUCAUGUUACAACUUUUAAACUAAAGUAAAUUAGAUCUUUUAUUUUAGUAUAUAUGUUAAUUCAAUUAUGAUAAUAGAGGCUUUUUUGAAUUUCCAAAAGACCUUCAAGUAUAAAUGUUAAUAUUAAAUACACUAAAUGAUGAAUUUGAUGUAGAUAAAUUUGUAUUAGAAAAAUUAAUAAUUUCCCAUUAUCCAUUAGAGGAUAUAUAAAAAUGUGAAAAGAUAACCUAAUUUUGGGAUGAAUAACAAAAUAAUUGUAUUCAAGAUUCGAUUCGAUAUGAAACAUAAUAAAUUGCAUUAAGACCAUUGCAUGCUAUUGCCUCUUAUUUUGGCCCAGUUGUUGCAUGGUACAUAGCCUUAAAUGUACAAAUAAUAGGUUGGUUGAUGAUUCCAUCAGUGUUCGGAGCAGCUUUAGGAAUUUAUAUCAUUAUAACAGAGGAAGUGAAGUAUGAAUAAUAAGGGAAUAUAUUAGUUCUUCAAUAGUUCCUUUUUACGCAUUAUUAAUGACACUUUGGUCUACAUUAUUUAUGGAAAAGUGGAAAAAUAGAGAAUCUGAAUUGAAAUUUUGUUGGGAUAUGCAUAAAUUUAGACAAACAUAACCUUAAAGAGUGAUGUAUACAGGUUAAUAUAUUAUAAAUGAGGCUACAAAUAAGAUUUAGAUAUAUGAUUACUUUACUACAUUUAAGAGACGAUUAAUUGCAGAAGGACCUGUAAUUUUAAUAGGAAUAGCAAUUAUUGUAUUAAGUUUUUAUGCAUUUAAUCUUUGGUUAUAAGAAUGGAAAGAUAAUGCAAUAAUGCCAAUAGUGAUUAAUUCAUUAAAUGGAGUUUCGAUGACAGUGUUUUGUGAUUUAUACAAAAGAUUGUGUACAUCUUUGGUAACAUGGGAAAAUCAUAUGUAUGAAUCAGAAUAAGAAUACUCAUACAUUUUGAAGGUAUUUUUAUUUGAAUUUCUAAUAUCAUAUGUAUCAGUAGUUUAUGUAGCAAUAUUUGAGAAUGAUGCUUCUUAAUUAAGUGUAUCAGUAGCUAGUAUAAUAAUAACUAGAGGGGUGAUAUCAAAUGUGAAGAGUAAUUUUUUACCUUACUUUUUGUUUAAAUAAGAGAAAAGAAUAUUGGAAGAAAAGUUUUAAGAAUUCAAAAGAAUAUUUACAUUAAAAUUAGAGGAAAAGAAAUAAGUUCCUAAUAUUUGUAAUUCGAAAUUCAGCAAUGAUAAACUGAAUUCUGAAAUAUAAUUAUCAUUUCUUUAAGAAUUAGAAAUAGGUCGAAUUAAAUAACCAUAAAAAGUUCUUUAUGAUGAAUACACAAGUAUUGCAAUAUAAUUUGGAUAUACAACUAUGUUUGCACCUACUUUUCCAGCUGCUCCUUUAUUUUUUAUGAUAAAUUGUUAUAUCAAUUUAAGAUGGUCAAUUUACAAUUAUCAACAUAUUUUGAAAAGAGAAAGAGCUUAAGCUGCAGAUUCAAUAGGAAUUUGGUUGUAAAUUUUUGAAAUAAUGAAUUAUUGUGCUACAUUUAUGAAUUGUAUAGUUAUAGGAACUGUUAAUAAGGAAUAAUUUAAGGGAAUUAUUGGAAAUUAAAAUGCUCUUGUUAGUGCAUUUUUCCUUGCUGCAAUAGAACAUAUAUUAUUACUUAUUAAAUAUAUUCUUGAUGUUUCAAUCCCUGACUGUCCUUAUUGGGUGGAGAAGGAACUUAGAAGGUAUGCAUAUUUAGAAGAAAAAUACUUGAAAAAUAACAAUUGA